UUGAUGACUUUUACAGGAAUGACUCUCUGAACACUCCUGUGAAAGCUUGUCUCGGUGACUCUGAGAAUGCCAAGGCACAGAGCAGAAAAUUUGGCUGUCACAUUGAAAAAGCGAGGAACACCUUACAAGAACACUUAUUCCUAGCACUCCUUUACUUAGUGAAAAUGUUAGAUACGUAUUACAAUAUUGAAGAGCUUUUUCCCUCUCAAUUUCGUGAUUAUUUACACAGUUAGAUGUAACAAACACUGUGAGAGCUUCUCCUAGGAAUUAAAUGCUAUUUACAAACCAAGAAGCAAGAGUGGGAGUAAGAAAUGCUAAAACUUUCAGUGUUUUUUCCCACUACCAUGGCAGCACAACCUGUGUCAGAACAGGACUCUGAGUGCUCACUCUUAUACUUCCCAGUCUGACCUCAGGACAGGAGCCAGCACAAAUCCACAGCUGCAUGUCUACUUCUUGCAAACAAAUCAGCAUAGGCUUCAAAAAUUGAUUUUCUUAGUACGAGGUACUUUGUGCUACUUCAUCUCAGAGCACUUUCCAGGACAAUACUGCCUUUUCAAAAUAAAAAUUAAGCUCUUUCUAGACAGAGUGUUCCAGGAAUGCUAUUUGUACAAGAACACCAGAAAUUUGUGGAUGAUCUGAAAGUCCCGUUCAUGACUCUGUGUCGCACAUCAGGUUGCACAGCUCCUCAUUCUUUCACUGCUAUCUUGGCACAAGCUUACUGCCACAGCUGAAAAGCAGCUGUGUCAGUCCUGACACGUUAGUAACACACACAGUGGGUCUGACAUGGCAGUUAGUUAUAUUUAGGAAUGCUUUAUAACCUCAAUUUCUUCAGCAUCAAUCUGAUGAAUUAUCAAGUAAUUUACUCUUUUAGGGAACCUGACUGAACCAUGGCCUUUCACUCCAAAAUAUGUAGCUGUGUUUUCUUGGUGCAGGUUGUACCCAGUCCAGGUGUAGCAUGUGUACUUCCACUCCACCGGUGUCAGUGUGGGUCUUACUAAAGUCCAGCUGCCCUUUGUACCCACAGCAGCAGUUUUGGGAUGACAAAGACCCAAGGGUAUUCUCCCAUAAUUAGCAGAUUCACCAGAUGAAAUUAUGGUUAUCUUCACCCAGCAUUCAGGAAUGUAUUCUGCAUGGUACUGUUCUGCUUGCAAAUCUGUACCACUUCCUUUUAAUUAUACAGUGUCUGACUCAUAAGUAUUUGUGGAUUCUUAUUCCCCAAUUAGUAUUUCUUUCUCCACUUUUCUUUGCUCCCAUGCUGCCCACUUUUCCUGCCCCCCUUCCUUCAGUGAAAGUGUAGAUCAAGCUGUAACUAACGAGGCUGGACUUUAACAGCACCAGUGCCUGUGCUCCUCUCAGGGAUUAGCCAGCCUGCUUUGCAGACCUGACAGUCCCAGCCUGUGGCUAUAAUAACUAGUUGAGUAUCUGAAAUGAAAUGUAUUUGUACCUACAAGACCCAGUGAGAUCUCAGCCACACUGGAACUGCUGACUUGCCUGCACAAAAAUACCCUGGGUUUUCUCCAGGACAGGUUCACGCCACCUCUGGCAACACAAUCUCAUCUAAACUUUCUAACUUUAAGUGCUGGUCUAGACAAGGCUUCCUCUGUCCUGACUCACAUUAACAGUCCUGCUAAAGUCAACGGUGAAGAGGAAUUCUAGCAAUUGAAGUCAUUAGACCACACGUUGGAAAAACAGUCUCAUUUUUAGCACUGACCUGCUGCAUGACUUCAAAUAACAUUAUUCUCUUUCUAAGCCUGUUUAAUGUUCUUUUGGCCAUAUUUCUAGAGAUGCAAAGACCUGUGUAAGAAGUGCUAUAUGCUGUCAUUUAAGUAAAGCAUGCAGAUAAGUAUCGGAAGAGCUUUCAAUAAAUAUGAAAGAAAUCUAAAAUCCUCAAUGACAGGUAGGUCAAAGCCAAGGGAGAACACAAUCAGUAUUCCAGCACGUGUGCUAUCUAAAAGAUACUUCUCUUUACUUUGUUUCUGGAAACCUAAAUGCACAAAAUAAUUGGAUGCUUUUAUAAAAAUUCUUAUAAUAGUCUUGAAUGUGUUAAUUGUCAAAAAUAUGAAUUUCUUAACAAUGAUUUGCACCAUGUACUUUUAGUAUAACAGAAUGAAUCCGUAAAGCAAUUUCAAUGCAUUUACUGUUCAAAAACUGUUUUAUCAAGACAGUGUGAGGAAAGAGCCUCAACAAGCAGUCAAAAGAAGGUGAUAAUACCACAGCAGCGCCCCUGUUGUCAGCAGUGAUCACAAUUGGGAUGUUCACCCUCAAAAGGAUGGAGAGAGAAGUUCUGGCCCUCUUUCAUCCUCCGCCAUUUCCCAUAAAAGGGCUGCAGUCAAGCACACACAAUGAACAGACUUUGUGAGGGCAGUAAGCCCAGAAGUAGAUGCUACCACAGGGGUGAGGCUCUCUACUUUCUCUGAAAACCAGUUGUUCUUUCCAGCCACCAGGAAGGUGUGAGACAAGUGUGAUGACGGAAGCAGUGGAGUUGUCACCAGAGGGGAAUUCCCUGAUAAGAGCAGUCUACCAAAGCCGCCUUCGCCUCACCAGACUGCUACUGGAGGGUGGCGCCUACAUCAACGAGAGCAAUGACAGAGGCGAAACCCCUCUCAUGAUUGCUUGUAGGACAAAACACGUGGACUCCCAGAGUGUCAGCAAGACAAAGAUGGUUAAAUACCUACUGGAAAACAAAGCCGAUCCGAACAUACAGGACAAAUCUGGAAAGACAGCUUUGAUGCACGCUUGUCUAGAAAAAGCAGGACCAGAAGUGGUAUCUCUGCUCCUGAAAAGCGGAGCUGACCCAAGCCUGCAAGAUCACUCCAAUUGCUCUGCACUUGUGUAUGCAAUAAAUUCUGAAGACAAACAGACCCUCAAAGUCCUUCUUAAUGCCUGCAAGGCGCGAGGGAAAGAAGUCAUUAUCAUUACAACAGACAAGUCCCCCUCGGGGAGGCACAAAACAAAGCAGUACUUAAACGUGAUUCCCGCAGACCUCGAGGAAUGCUAUUCCCCAACUGCAUGCGCUUCCCCAUCAGAAAUAGAACUGAAAACGUCUCUAUCCUCUGUUUCAAGUUCAAGUGAAACUAGAAAAGCACUCUUCAGCUUUAAAGAGAUGGAUCAUCCAAGAAGCGUGGACAACUCAUCUCAAACAGUUUCACCAACAAGAAAAUCCAGCUCAACCAAAGUAGGGACCAAGCUAGCACAAGCGCAGUGGUUACAGUCUGAGCCUUGGAUAAAGAGCGCUCCAUCUCUGUUUCACCAGAAUAAAAUUGUCUCUUUGCAAGGAGAACUUCAAGACAUUAGUCCAGAAGAAGAAAUCUCUUUUAAAAUCAAUGGCCUUGCCUUAUCAAAGAGAUUCAUCACCAGGCACCAAAGUAUUGACAUAAAAGACACUGCUCAUUUUCUGAAAACCUUUGAUCAAGCCGGAUCAAGAAAAUUAUCCUAUGAUGAGAUAAACUUUCAGGCUCCUUUUGAUGAAGAGAAAGAUAACCCCAGUGGGAUUCACAUGGGUAAAGAUGCCAGUUCAGGACACAUCGGCUUCAUUUCAAACCUCAGCAGCAUUAGCCAGAAAAGAAAUUCAGGAGCAAAUCACUACAGCUCUGAUUCUCAGUUAACUACUAGUGUAAGUCCUGCUACUGCAGAAGACAGCAAGUCAGUGAUGGCAAAGAAAAACAUUCUUUCUCCCUCUCACUCUUCGUUAUCAGGUUCUAAAGAAAUACCGGAGAACAUGCCUCCAGUUGCCUUGAGCAGGAGAAAUCAAACUUCUCUACAAAGACGGGGUUCAGGAGCCUUAUUGUUGGAUCAUGUUGCUCAGACAAGACCAGGUUUUCUUCCACCACUGAAUGUGAAUCCUCACCCCUCAAUUCCAGAUAUUACUUUCAUAAACAGGGUUUCUGGGAUGAUUUCUUGUGGUCAAAACCACUUAAUACCAGCAGCACCUCCUUUCCCUAGAGAGAUCAAAACCACAAAAACACUACUAAGAAGGCAGUCCCUACAGACGGAGCAGAUAAAGCAAUUAGUGAAUUUUUAACAGGGGGUUAAUAGGUUAUAGAAUCUUUACAAUAUGUACAUAUGGACUGCACUAUCCGAUUGUAAUGAUACACACCACAAGAGAGAUGUGACAUCAGGCGCUCUGCUUUGGAAGGCGCUCUGCUAAUUUAAGUAGCUUAGAGACUACAUGAAGAUACAUGCUUAACUCUGUGUGUCUGCUGCUCUCUGCACACUGAGGAAUAUGUCUUACACUCUUUUCAUCAUGUUUUCAGCUUCAGCACUGAAGCUUCACCUGUGACAGGGUGAAUCUGCAAAGGGUGGUAAGCACUGCAGUUUUCAUGUUAGUUUGGGACCACUAGCCCUCCAAGGCUUCCCCAAAGGUGUACUUUCUCCACCUGGAAAGGCAGAACACGUGGAAUUUGGGAACCUGGUUGUGAUACUGGACAUCAGCUGGACUGCAAUAUCCAGCAAUCCCAGGCACAAGCAGUGUGCGCUAUGGGCGGUCAGUAGCAAGCUGUCACUGGGCGCCACUGGCUUUACUGCACGUAAACAGACAACACACCUAGUCAAUAGUACUCAUGUUGCAGACCCGGGUUGCACGCACAGCUAUGUCCUGGGAAUUCCAGCUAAAGACUGGGAACCUGCUUUAGAUGCCCUGCUGCCCACUGGAAGUCAACAUGAUAUGCAGAGCACUGAAGAGCUCAUGCUCAGCACACCAUGCCUGGAAGCUGAGCCAAGAAGCCAGCACAGUGAGCAAGAAGUUCCAAGGAAUCUCAUGUGAAAUAACCAAAAGCCUGCUUGCAGUGUCAGUGGGCUUCUCAAGCUAUUCGAUUUCCAGAACACUCUUAAAAAGAGGAAGGGGGGGGGGGGGGGGAGGCAGAGGCUGUAUCUAAACCAGGGUUCAUUCCUUCCUGUAGUUCCACACUCCCCAAAAUCUAGACUGCCAGAUCACGCGCAAACUCCUCAGUCACAGGCCUGGAUUUCUUUUCAAGACAGGAUAUAGAUGGUGAGACACAUCUAAACACUGUCUAGCUCAAUGAGGAUACUUGUCACACACACUUGGGAGCAAGGAAGAGCUCAGAUAGACAUAAAAAAAAAAUCUCUUAGCUACACUAUUCACCUGGAAGAUGGUAGUCCUUUUGCCUAAUUUAGAGCAGAGGACUGAAUUUCUUACAGAUGAGAAACAUGACUUUGCCUCUGUGCUGUUGCCUAUUUUUAAGUAUCUGUAUCUAGAGCCUGGUUUUCCUUCCCAUUUAGUGUUCUGCAAUUCAAUAAAAAAACUACCUUGUCUUUGUGCAUAUUCCACAGAUGCUUGAUUUCUGGCACUUUAUAACUCAUCCUCUGAAGACUGAGAAAUGCUUAAUUGUGUUCUGUUUUGUCAUAAUUUACAGAAAUCAGUUGUAUUGAAAUAAUGUCUGUGUAAUGUGAAUUUCUGUAUAUUGAAAUACUUCUUUUUCUGAAAAUGCAGAGGGUACUGUCUUCUUGAGCUUCAGUCAAAAUUCACCCAGUUUGAUGUUGCCUGACAAAGAACUGUAAUGUUAUUUAUCUCUGCCCUUAGCAGAAGACAAUAUCCAGUGGAUGAUAAACACACAGUCUCUGUAAAUACCUUUAUAUCUAAAACCAUAAAACUGUCCAAAAGUUCAAAAUAUGAAUAUUUUGAGGAAGGGUGUGUUUGACACUGGAAGGUAAAGGAGAAUGGUUUGCAUGUUUAUACAACAGGGCUGUACAUCAAGCACUGAUCUGAAAUCACAAAUUUAAAUCUCGAAAUCAAUAUUGAACAAAAUCUCUCCUGCCUCAAGUGAUAACCGCUGGAAGGCAAGAUGAUGUUACUGUUGAUUCUCUGUCCAGGCUCUGAAAGGUAGCAAGAAUAAGCAAAGAUGCAAAUCUGUAUUGCCAUUGCCAAAAUUAAUAAUUCACCACAAAAUAAGGUUCCUGAAAGCUGUGGUGUUCUUUGCCCUCCUCCUGUCACAGCUCUGCUAGCCUGGGAUGUGCAACAUUCUGGAAACAGCUAGGAAGGCCCAUGGCAUGCACUGCGCCAUCAAAUGUGAUUUACUCAGGUAAUGAUCAUCAAACGUGUGCAGUUUCUCACCCAUCCAAAGCAAUCAGUACUGAUCAUAAAAAUGUUAGGUUUUUGAAUUAGAAAUUGACUGUUCAUCCACGGAAAGAUGCUCGGUCAUUUACGGAUUGUCUGGCAAACUCUAGUCUCCGCACAUACACAAACAAGAAAAACCCCACAAUGUAUGAGUUCGCACAUUAAACAUCAAAAAAUAAGAAAGUUCCAAAAGUGAGGCUAUGUACAUUUUAAGAGCUAUUAAAUACUGGUGGAAACACAGUGAAUGUGAUGUAGUGUUUGGCUCCAUUCAGGUUCUGCCUCUUACUUCAUGAGAUAGUGCUGGAUCAGCAUCUGGAUAUACCAGGUAGAACAACAAUUACAUGGACAACUUUUAUGUCAGAAAGUUAUGUGAUACAACAUAUAUCAUUAUUAAGUUAUUGACUGGGUACAAAUUGGUCCCUACAAACAUCACAUACAGAAACAAUAUACCUUUCAAAUGUUUUUAUGGUAUUUUAAGUGAAAACAGCAAUUUGUAGUCUGCUGACCUCAUAAUGAAGCUAAGUAUUUGAAGUUAAAAAUUAUCUUUCAGAAAAGUACAAAUUCUUUUUCAGAAAAAUCAACUAACAUAUCAGGUGUUCUAACUAGUACCUUUGCUCAUGGUAUAAAGCCUGAUUUCUGCGGCAUUCAUUUGAAAAUUACAGACAUACAUGGGAUUACUGCUCCCUCAACUGAAAUAAAUUUUUUAUAAAGUGCGCAAACAAUAGAAGAAAAUGGCAAAUGUCUCGAAAAGUGAUGUAUUCUGUACUGUUGCCAGUAUUUUGUGCUUAAUUUGGAUGCAGAAGAAAUGUGAAAGGUUAACAGUAACAUUUAUUGUUGCUUCAGUGUUAUAAGUGACCUUCAGUGGAAAAACAGUUCAGUUUUGUUCUCUCGAUGUUGUUAUGAUGCAUAAAUAAAAGUUAUUUUUCCCCGUGUUCAGGGAAUAUGGAAAUACACAUCUUUUUAUUUACCACUUAGGAGACGCUGAGUCACUACCAAAGUCACUUUAUUAAGGCAUGUCUACGCCAGGUGGCUGAGGGAUGCCUGCCUUUCAGUCCACGAGGUUCAAGAUGGAUCCAUUUUCAGCUGGACAGCUUUCAGUAAAGCACACUGCUGCCAAGAUUACUGAUUUUGCAUCUACGUGAUAAGUUUAGAAAGGUGAAAACAUUUUUCUUUACUUUUGGUUCAAGACUUCUAAGGGCAGCAAGCUGCUGCUACACAGGAACACUAUAAAAAGUUUUCAAGGUUGUGUCUAAGCUGUGCUGUUGGAAGUACAGUUUUCAAAAUAUCCUUCCCUGCACUUUUUCUUUUUGCUUUACGAAGAAAGGCACUUGGAGUUUCUUUGCUUUGAUUUUUGUCUUUUACAAUUAUGUGGCACUUCCAAAAGAUAUUGCCGUAACUUGAUGCAGCUACAUAAGAAAAACAGUAACCUAAGCCAUUAAAUUGCUUUUUUUUUUUUUCAACAAUACUUAACAAGAUCUUCCUCUUUCUGCGUCUGUUAUGCAGUACAACUAAUUAACUUUCCAACUAAAAUUGGGUGUUUAUAAACAAAUGGAUUUUUACAGAAGUAAAACAUUAUUCCACUACUUGGCUAUUUUGCUCAUGUAAUGAGACUGGCUUGCUAUAGAAAGGUGUCACAAGUACCCAUCCUACUAAAAACAUUAACAAUGUAUACAUAAUUAGAGGGAAGAAUGUUUGUUUUGAAAUAUUUCCCAGUACUACCCAGCCACAUAUUUUCACCUUGAAGUACUACUGGCGCUGCAAUACCUCUAAGGUCAGGUUUGAUAACGAUAUAUCUUAGGAAUAAUAGAAU